CCACUGUGAACUUGUUCAGCAGUUCACUAGUUCGCGCGCCGAGUGUUUAUUGUUUGUUUUGUCGUCGUCCUCUCAUUUCGUUUUUGUUCAUUUCCUCAAAAAGUAUACUGCGUUUUGUGUUCUUUGUCGCACAGCCUUUCUGCUAGUUUUUCAGAAAUGUCUGAAGAUGCCGCUCAAGAUUUGGAAGCCCAGAUGUCGAAGUCACCCGAGAACCACAAGAGAAAGGACUAUCUGCAUUGGGAUGACUACUUUAUGGCCACCUCCCUGCUCUCCGCCAAACGCAGCAAAGAUCCCGUCACCCAAGUGGGCGCCUGCAUCGUGGAUUCCCAGAAUCGGAUAGUGGCCAUUGGAUACAAUGGGUUCCCUCGCAAUUGCAGCGAUGACGUGUUUCCGUGGUCAAAGGCUACGAAACGUUCAAAAAAAGAUGAUCCCCUUGAAGACAAGAAGAUGUACGUGGUCCACGCGGAGGCCAAUGCAAUCCUGAACACCAAUGGCAUGAGUUUGUCUGGAACCCGACUGUAUACCACACUAUUUCCCUGCAACGAAUGUGCCAAACUCAUCAUACAGGUGGGGAUAUCUCAGGUGCUCUAUUUGUCCGACAAGUAUGCCUAUAAGCCCAAAUAUCGUGCAUCCAAGAGGAUGCUGGAUGCAGUGGGCGUGGAAUAUAAGCGACACAUCCCCCUGAAAAAAACUAUCACCAUUGAUUUUGAAACCUUCCCGGAAGAAGAUUAGAACGCAUCCCUGGGACUAAACGACCUGCAUUUGUGAUGUAUUAGCACAAAAUUGACAACUUUUAAUGUGAUUAAAGUAAAUUUGACGUGAUCCGAUUAAAUAUGUAGACAAAUUAUGAAUAAAUUAAAUUGCAUGCUAACUAAGUUAUACUUAGCUUGGCAGUACAUAUAAAUUAAA